AUGUCCCCCUUUUCCCUCGCGAUAUGCCUUCCCCCUCCCGUCGCCUGUCCGCUCUCUCUCCCGUCGCCUGUCCGCUCCCCCCGCCCUCGCCUUCGUGCUCUCUCUCCCGUCGCCUUCGUGCUCUCCCUCCCGUCGGCUUCGCGCCCUCCCUCCCGUCUCUUUCGCGCUCUCCCUCCCGUUGCCUGUCCGCCCUCCCUCCCGUCUCCUUCGCGCUCUCCCUCCCGUUGCCUGAACCCCCGUCCCUCCCUUCACCUUCGCGCUCUCUCUCCCGUCGCCUGUCCGCUCCUCCUCCCCUCGCCUUCGUGCUCUCUCUCCCGUCGCCUUCGUGCUCUCCCUCCCGUCGGCUUCGCGCCCUCCCUCCCGUCUCCUUCGCGCUCUCCCUCCCGUUGCCUCCUUCGCGCUCUCCCUCCCGUCGGCGCCCUCCCUCCCGUCUGCUUCGCGCUCUCCCUCCCGUUGCCUGUCCGCCCUCCCUACCUUCGCCUUCGCGCUCUCUCUCCCGUCGCCUGUCCGCUCUCCCUCCCAUCGCCUUAUCGCUCUCCCUCCCGUCGCCUUUCUCCUUCCCCACUUCAUCUCCUAUCGCUCACGUCCUCCCCUCCCAUCGGCAUCGCGCUCACGUUCCGCCCUCCCGUCACCAUCGCGCUCACGUGCACCUUUCUUCGCAUCGCCUUCGCGCUCAUGGCCUCCCCUCCGAUCACGUCUCGCGACAUAAUUUAA